AUGCUACGACUAAUCCCAAUCAUAGCUUCGCUAGCCACAGGCGCCAUCAGCGCCGCAGUACCUACAGACACAACCCUCCAACUCCCCCUCGUAAUCUGGCACGGCCUAGGCGACGACUUCGAACGCGACGGCCUCCAAUCCGUCGCAGACCUAGCAAAAACCACAAACCCAGACACAUACGUCCACAUAAUCCGGCUAUCCGACACAGGAAGCGGUGACCGACAAGCAACCUUCUUCGGCAAUCUAACCGAGCAACUCGAAACCGUCUGCGCCCAACUAUCCUCGGAACCAAUCCUCAAAUCCGCCCCAGCCAUCAACGCCCUCGGCUUCUCGCAAGGAGGCCAGUUCCUCCGCGGCUACAUCGAGCGCUGCAACAGCCCACCCGUCCACAACCUCGUCACAUUCGGCAGCCAGCACAACGGGAUCUCGGAAUUCCAAGACUGCAAAACGGGCGAUUGGAUAUGCAACGGCGCCGAAGUCCUCCUCCGCUCAGGCCAGUGGACGGAUUUCGUCCAGAGCCACCUUGUCCCCGCGCAGUAUUUCCGCGACCCGGAGGAUAUGCAGAACUACCUCGAGCACAGCAAUUUUCUCGCGGAUAUCAAUAAUGAGCGCGAGUUCAAGAAUACGUCGUAUAAGAAGAGGCUGGGGAGUCUGAAUCGGUUCGCGAUGUACAUGUUCGAUGAGGACACUGUUGCCGUGCCGAAGGAGAGUGCGCUGUUCGCUGAGGUGAAUCUUACCAGUGGGGCUGUGGUGCCGUUGCAGGAGCGCGCGCUUUAUAAGGAGGAUUGGCUUGGGCUGAAGGGUUUGGAUGAGCAGGGGAGACUGGAUUUUAAGUCUGUGCCUGGUCAGCAUAUGCAGUUGACUGAUAAGAUUCUGGAGAGGACUUUCAAGGAGUAUUUUGGUCGGGUGCAGGGUUCGGAGUUGCGGGUGCAGGAUGAACAGCCUGAGAUGGAGAGUUCUGGUGAUGAGACGGGUUCGAAGGCCCCGGGCUUGUUGGCUCAGAUGCAGCCGGGCUUUUGA